UUUCCACCUCGUGCCUUUGCGGCUUCUUCAGUGAUUGGCCCAAGUUCUUAGGGAAGUGUUAGUAAGAACGUGUGUAUUGUUUCCGAUGGACAGAGUAAAUAUCGAAAUGGUUGCAGGAGAUGUACCCACUCCACCUAGAGAAUGAUGGGAUAUGUCAUUGCAUUCUACCUUCAAGAAGCUCAGUUUAGGGACUAGUCUGGUCUAUUGAGCUGGAUCAAGAAAGGCAUUGCUGAAGUGAAGGUGGAUUGUUGCAACUGCAUCCUCAACAACUAAGAGUGUGCAUUUCACUCUGUGUUAAGAAAUGGCAGAUAUUUCAGUGUUAGAAGAAGAGCUGGUGAUAGUGGAGAGUGAACUUGAAGCAGUGGAAUCCCAAGUUCAGGAGUUGCUAGAAAGGCAGCAGGUGCUGAAUGAGAAGAAGACUCGUCUGAAGAAGAAGUUAGAUACACUGUUACAAGACUCUGGAGCUGGGACCAGUGCAGAAUCAGAAACUGUGCUUGAAGACUGGAAUAAACAAGAUUUUCCAUGGUAUGAGACUGUGUGCGUAGCCUUACAGAAUGCCUUUAAACUUCAGUCAUUUAGACCUUUGCAGCUGCAAGUCAUUAAUGCUACCAUGGCAGGAAAGGACGUAUUUGUUGUUAUGCCUACUGGAGGUGGGAAAAGUUUGUGUUACCAACUGCCAGCGGUAUGUUCUAAUGGUUUUACAUUGGUAGUUUGUCCACUAGUUUCGCUUAUGGAAGACCAGCUAAUGAUUUUAGAACAACUUGGAGUUUCAGCAGCUUUGCUAAAUGCUUCUAGCAGUAAGGAACAUGUUAAAUGGGUUCACAAUUCAAUGGUGGACAAGAAGUCUGGACUGAAACUGAUCUAUGUUACUCCUGAAAAAAUUGCCAAAAGUAAACUUUUUAUGUCAAGGUUGGAAAAGGCUUAUCAAGCCAGUCGGCUUGCACGUGUUGCUGUGGAUGAAGUUCAUUGUUGUUCUCAGUGGGGCCAUGACUUUAGACCUGAUUAUAAAGUCCUUGGAAUCCUAAAGCGCCAGUUCCCAAAUACUCCCUUGAUAGGACUUACAGCAACUGCAACAAGUCAUGUGUUGAAAGAUGCUCAGAAAAUUCUGUGCGUUCCAAAAUGUAUCACAUUCACAGCUUCUUUUAAUAGACCUAAUCUUUAUUAUGAGAUACGGCAAAAAUCGUCUUGUGCCCAAGAUUUCAUUCAAGACGUUGUCAAGCUCAUCAAUGGAAGGUACAGAGGACAGUCAGGAAUCAUUUACUGCUUUUCCCAGAAGGACUCUGAGCAAGUUACCAUCAGUCUUCAGAAACUAGGAAUAUCUGCUGGGACUUACCAUGCUAAUAUGGAUCCAAGUGACAAGAGCAAGGUCCACAAACGCUGGACAGCAAAUAAAAUUCUGGUAGUAGUGGCGACAGUGGCCUUUGGCAUGGGGAUUGAUAAGCCAGAUGUCAGAUUUGUAAUUCAUCACACAAUGAGCAAGUCCAUGGAAAAUUACUACCAAGAAAGUGGUCGUGCAGGUCGAGAUGAUGCCAAUGCUGACUGCAUUCUUUAUUACGGAUUUGGGGAUAUGUUUCGAAUAAGCACCAUGGUGGUUAUGGAGAACGUAGGACAGCAAAAGCUCUACAAUAUGGUGUCAUAUUGCCUGGAUUCAUACAGGUGUCGGCGUGUUCUUAUAGCACAACAUUUUGACGAAGUAUGGGAUUCCACAAAAUGUAACAAGAUGUGUGACAACUGCCGUAAUGAAGCCGCAUGUGAAAAAAUUGACAUAACAGGACACUGCAGAGACUUGUUGAAGAUACUGAAGCAGGCAGAUCAGAUGGAUGAGAAGUUAACACCAUUAAAACUUAUUGAUGCCUGGAUGGGAAAAGGGUCCACAAAACUAAGAGUAGCUAACCUUGUAACACCCAAAAUGUCCAGGACUGACAUGGAGAGAAUUCUUGCUUAUCUCAUUCUAGCCCAGUAUAUAAGGGAGGACUUCAGUUUUACAGCAUAUGCAACAAUUUCAUAUUUGAAGCAAGGUCCAAAAGCUAACCUUCUAAAAAAUGAAAAACAUGUCAUCACCAUGCGAAUGAAAAAGAGACAGAAAGGAAUGGAUAAAGCAGUGUCCCCUCAGGCUGCUCAGUCAGGACCCUUAAGCAAAAGUAUGUCAGAAGGACAUGCAAACAGCCUCCAGAAAUCAAGGGUUGAAGGAAGUGAGCACAAACGGCCACACUCUGAUGGUAUAUUGAAAGUUAGUAAGAAAAGCAAGAUGUCUGAUGAGCUGCCAGUUGUCAUUGAUUAACUCUUUAAGAGAUGGGACCAGUUACCUCAAGAAGUAAGGUUGAAGUUGAAUGGGUGUUUACUGAAGAAAUUAUAGCAGAAGUAUUGUUUUUGUUGUCAACAUCUACAUGAUCCACGGCAGCGUACAUUGGGCAUGAGUGGUUCAGGCAUCCAUUAGUGAGGGAUUGCAACUAGUGAAUCAUGAAGACUGAGGUUAAUCAAAGGAAAAAAAAUGCAACUUCUGUUACUUUUCCUCAAGCGUUGAUGCGGUCUCUUAAAAGCAGCUUAGAGCCUCUAUAUGAAGUAGAGAUGACUGUAACAGCUGAAAACCAGAGGGCUCUUUGUAAGUCAUUAGGAAUGAAACAUCGUAACCUUUGCAAAUAAUUUUGAUGUUUUAUCAGCUGCUGUGGAAGGCCUAAAGCAAACACGGAAAGGUAGUCCAGCUGUUACUAGGCAAUUUCUGUGGAAGAUGAAGUGUCUGCGUUUGUAAAAUCAAGGUGUUUAUACCAAGUAAAUGGAUCAACUAAAAAAAUGAAAUAUCACAAAAGUUACUGGAGGAAGUGUAUCUCAGUAACUUUAACACUGUAAAGAGUGUUUACAGAAUGUUUCUUUAUCUGAGAAAUUUUCAUUAGAACUCCCAAGAAUUUAAAUAAUUAGGCAAAAACGAGAGUACUUGUUUAACCCAAACACUAGACAGUUUUUAGAAUAUAUAUAUUUCUUUUAUAUUAAAACUUUAUUUGUACAUGAAAAAGUUAAUUCCAUAAAGUUCAGAAGCUUGUAAAGUUUUAACUUACGUUAACCCAGGUACAAAAUGUUGCCAAAGAAUAAAACAGUGGCACGUUUUCCUUCUUGAAAAUAUAUUUUAUAUGUAAAGAU